AUGGCGACUUCAUACUUCCCGGAUCGGGUCUCAUCGCCAGCAAUAGAGAGCGGCACUGCUGUAUCCACACCCAUAGGCUCUGUCGGUGCAGGUGGCCGAUCGAAUGCCCUGCAAAACAGGAUCACGAGCGUUUUAUCGGCCUCCUACUCCGACCUAGAAAUUCGCGAUGCCUUGUCCAUCCUCGACGAGCGAGGACUGCAGAACACGGCUGAGACCCGAAGGAACCUUCGUCUGGACGUUCAGGAAGAGCUCAUUCAAUGCAACGGAGAGAUCGUCCAGGACUUUGGCAAAGUCGCCGAACAAUUGAAACGCAUCGGAGCAGCGAUUGCAAACCUCAACAGCAGCUGCGUAGAGAUGAGAAGGCACAUCUCUGCUUCCAACCGCGAGACUGCGCCGAUGCUGGAUGAGGCCAAGUCGCUGCUGGCCAGCAAGCGCGAGGUUGAGACGAAACAGCAGUUGCUGAACGCUUUCCAGGCGCAUUUCGUAGUCUCGGACGCAGACCUCGCUACGUUGACAUCAACUGCUGAGCCUGUCAACGAUGACUUCUUCAGGAUUCUGACUAGAGUGAAGAAGAUCCACGAAGACAGCCAGAUUCUGCUCGGAACGGAGAACCAACGCCUUGGCAUGGAGAUUCUCGAGCAGAGUUCCCGCAAUCUCAAUGCUGCGUUCCAAAAGCUAUACAGGUGGAUUCAGCGCGAAUUCAAGACCCUGGAUCUGGAGAAUCCGCAACUCAGCGCAGCAAUUCGCAGAGCUUUACGUGUACUGGCUGAACGUCCUACCUUGUUCCAAAACUGUCUGGACUUCUUUGCGGAGGCAAGAGAGAACAUCCUUUCGAACAACUUUUAUGCAGCGCUCACAGGAGCUCCUGUGGACGCUGAUCACCCGGUGCUGGGCAAGGCCAUCGAGCUCUCGGCACACGACCCACUGCGGUACAUCAGCGACAUGUUGGCAUGGGCUCACUCUGCUACUGUGUCCGAGCGCGAGGCUUUGGAAGUACUCUUCAUCUCGGAAGGUGAUGAGAUCGCCAAGAGUAUCCAAGCUGGUAUCGAAAGUGAGCCAUGGAUACGAUCCAUCAAGGAAGGAGCUGCCGAGCCAUUCGAUGGUCGCAAAGCAUUAAACGAACUUGUCGACAAGGACCUGACCGGCGUGUUUCGACAACUCAGGCAAAGAGCAGAGCAAGUCGUCCACAGUCAUGAGGAUGCCACGCUUGCUUACAAGAUCGCCAAUCUGGUGACCUUCUACACCACCAUCUUUACCAACCUGCUCGGCGAGAGGUCUGCACUCCUCGACACCCUGCGUCCUCUGAUUGACACAGCAAUGCGCGCUUUCCGAUCCAUCACUCGAGAUCACGUUGCCAAUCUGCAAGUGGACCUCUUCAUCCCAAGCGGGGAUCUUUCCCCUCCCGAGUUUCUGGUCGAAGCGCUGCAGACGCUGAAAGUAUUGAUGAAAAGCUACGACACUUCCAUCGUCACUGCAAGCCGCGCACAGCGCAUAGAAGGUUUUCAGUCGAUUCUACAAGAAGCCCUCGAUCCUUUCCUGGCCGGCUGCCAAAACCUCGCCAAGCGGCUGCCAUCCCCCGACAACCAGAUCCUGGCGAUCAAUUGCCUGUUCGCCACCAAAGAGACGCUCAGCGCGCAUUCUUUCGCCGAUCGAUCGGAGGAUCUGCAAGGCCAGAUCGAUAAUCAUGUGGCUGAGCUCGCCAACGCAACGCACGAGUGGUUCCUUGGAGAAUCUGGCCUAGGUCCCUUGGUCAAGCAUGUGUCUAGCGUCGCGGACCUAAACUCCAGCUACAAAGACCCUGGACAGCUACUAGCCACCGCGCAACAGCUGGACGCAUUCCUUCCAUCGGCAACUGAGGAUGCACGGGCCUUUCUCAAAGGUUUGGAGCAGAAGCCACUGGUACGUCGAAUUGUGGACCAAGCGGCUGAGAGGUUCUGUGAGGACUUUGAAGGGAUUGAGGAGUUGAUCAUUCAGGCGGAUGAAGCGAGGAGUAAGCAGGUCAAUGGAGAGCAAGGCGAAGAUGAGGUCUGGCUCAGGGAGAUAUUCCCUAGGACUGAGGACGAGAUCAGAGUGCUUCUCAGUUGA